AUGAAAGCGUACUGGUACGACAACCUCGAUGGUGACCAGCGCCUGGCGCACGACUCGGGCAAGGAAGUCACUAUCGGCGAGCUGAAGAAGCUUGGUGUCUUCUAUCACCGAAUUCCCGACCUCGACGGCGUCAACCAACUCGCGUCCGAACGUGGUUAUAGAAAUAGAGACGAGAUUGUCGUCUCGCCGGAGAAGAUGGGUGACAUCUACGAGGAGAAAGUCAAAUCGUUCUUCCACGAGCAUUUGCACGAAGAUGAGGAAAUUCGCUUUGUUCGCGAUGGCCAUGGCUAUUUCGACGUGAGGGACGUUGAUGACGCGUGGAUUCGAAUUCGCGUGGAAAAGGUGGAUGAUCGCAUAUCAAAUACACGCAGCAGGCAGACUAACCAUAGACAGGACGAUUUGAUCAUCCUGCCCGCCGGCAUUUACCACCGAUUCACCACGGACGAGUCUAACUACAUCAAAGCGAUGAGGCUCUUCAAGGACGAGCCUAAGUGGACCCCUCUAAACAGGACCACCGAUCUAGACGUGAACCCGCACAGAAAGGAAUACGUUCAGCAGUACCUUCAGAGUGAGAUUUCUGCAUGA